CUUACGAUGGUUGGACUUAGAUUCUUCACGGUUUAUGGACCAUGGGGUCGAUCUGAUAUGGCAGUCUACAAAUUUGCCGAGAAGAUUCUAGAAAAUGAACCAGUGCCAAAAUUUGAAACAAAUGAUGGUAUUUUAGAGCGUGAUUUCACCUAUAUUGAUGACAUCAUAAAUGGUGUCAUGGCAACACUGUCGUACACUCCAAGACGUUGUGGGGAGGUUUUCAAUUUGGGAUACGGUCAUCCGGAAAACCUUCUUAAAAUGAUUGGAUACUUGGAAGAGGCUGUGGGAAAGAAGGCUGUUCUGGCUCCUAAACCUGUACCGCCAUCCGAACUGUUGAAAACCUACGCAGAUAUCAGUUUGUCACGACAGUUGCUUGGUUACAAUCCUACAACAUCACUCAAGAUUGGUGAGAAUUAUUUAUUAUAAUUUAAUUAAAUUGUAAUAAUUAUUACAUGAUUUUUUUUAAUUAACAUUAAUUCAAUAUCUUCCAGGAGUUGAAAAAUUUAUUGAAUGGUUGAAUGAAUACCGACAGAGAAGGAAAAAAGAAUAUAAAACCAAAAAAUCACCUUCAAGAGAUUUUAGAAAUAAACUGAGGAAA